CACUUAGUUUCGUCGGUUCUUCUGAAAUUGUCGGACUUUUGUAGUCCGUUUAAGCAAAUUUUUAUAAAACAAAAAACAAAACUCUUUACUCUAUUUACUUUAAAAGAUACAAUUCUAUAUAAAAAAAAUGAUUAUCACGCAAUGAAAUCACGUUUUUUCAACGCAAAAAUAAUUAUCAUUACUCAUUGCGGAAAGUUCAAGUGAAAUUUGUGAAAAGUGAAGAAAUAAAUUUAACAAAAUGCUUCAGGCAGCUAUGUCCAAGAGAAAAACACUCAUAUUCUCAUGUUUUGGCAUAGCAAUCGGUCUGUGUAUAGGAACAGUCCUAAAAAACUAUCGAGCCUUAGAAAUAGUCAAAAGAUGUAAUCUCAAACCUGGGAAUCCUAAUUCACCUUUAGAUAUAAUUGGAAUGAAACCGAAUGAAACAAUUUACAAUUCACAAAAGAAUUUGGUUUUUGUUGGGGUUAUGACGGCCAAAAACUUUAUCGAAGGUCGAGCGAAAGCUGUUUAUGAUACUUGGGGCAAAGAAGUACCAGGACGGAUUGCGUUCUUUAGUGCUGAGGGUUCUUAUUCUGAUGAGUUGCCAGUUAUUGGAUUGAAAAAUGUCGACGAUAGAUAUCCACCACAGAAAAAAUCAUUCAUGAUGCUUUAUUAUAUGUAUGAGCAUUUUAUUGACAAAUUUGAAUGGUUUAUUCGGGCUGACGAUGAUGUCUAUAUGGAACCAGUUAAAUUGGAAAGGUUUUUAAGAUCCAUUGACAGUUCUAAACCACAAUUUAUUGGUCAAGCUGGAAAAGGAAAUAGCGAAGAGUUCGGUUUAUUGUCAUUGGAGUUCGAUGAAAACUUUUGUAUGGGUGGACCAGGAGUUAUACUGAGUAGUGAAACAUUACGGAGAGUUGCCCCUCAUAUACCAACUUGUUUGAAAAACUUAUACAGCACACAUGAAGACGUAGAAAUAGGACGAUGUGUUCAAAAAUUUGCUGGCAUUCCCUGUACAUGGAACUAUGAGAUGCAAUACAUUUUGAGGCAUAAUUCUAGCGGAAAAAUGGCAUUCACUGGAAGUUUAAAACGAAAGGAAAUCCACAACGCUAUUUCGUUACAUCCCAUUAAACAAGGACCUCUUAUGCAUCGAUUGCAUUCAUAUAUCCAGGGCUUAAAAGCGGAAGAAAUUCGCCAGGAAUCCCUAUUACUACACAGAGAUAUCGCACGCAUGGGAAAACUGUUGGAGAUUCCAAAUGAAAGUAAAUUCUUAGUUCCUGGUAUUUCACUUAUUCCAGAAAUUGAAAACGGCAAUCGUUACUUUGAAGAUCACAAUAUAUUAGGCAUUAGUCCCGAUUUAAACAAAUUCACACCCACAUCAACAGAAGACCUAUUGGAAUGGUCAUUCAUUGCUAGAAGCCUUUACUCAACUGAUCAUUCUAAUCCAAAACAUAAAAUCGAUUCAGCAACACGUGAAGGCUUGGAAGACGUAAUUAACGAAGUUAUGGAAAAUAUAAACAACUAUUCUCGACAACGGGGACGUGUCAUUGAAUUCCGUGAAUUGCUUUAUGGAUAUUCUCGCUUAAAUACUCUCCAUGGACAGGAUCUCAUUCUAGAUCUCCUUUUGAUCUACAAAAAAUAUAGAGGAAAAAAGAUGACCGUACCAGUACGACGUCAUACAUACGUGCAGAGAUCAUUCACUGGAACUUUUAUUAAGGAGUUCGAAGAAGAUUUCUAUAAUGUAACUCUGCAGAAAAGUCUUUUGAAAAACAUGCUCGACAAGGGAAUUGAAAAAUUCAGCAAUUCAUUUACAAUUCCAGGAUUUGGCAAUAGCGAUCCGGGCUCACAACUUAUUAACAAAUCCAAAAUAACAUUCGUAUUGCCUAUAUCAGGGCGUUAUAACACUUUCAAGCGGUUCAUUGACAAUUAUGAAGAAGUGGCAAUUAAGAUGGACACAAACUGUGAUUUGGUAAUUGUUAUGUUUGGAAAUCAAACCUCAGUGCGUGAACAUUUUAAAUUAAUCCGAGAAUUACGCCAAAGAAAUGUUUAUCAACAAAUUCAUUACAUUCACCGCAAUGAAGAAUUCUCCAGAGGUGUUGCUCUCGAUUCAGCCGCUAGAUCAUCAUUUAUUCAGGAGAAUGAUAUAAUUCUCUUUGUCGAUGUUGAUAUGGUUUUCAAAUUGGAAACAUUACAACGAAUUCGAAUGAAUACGAUUCAAGGCAAGCAAGUGUACCUUCCAAUUGUAUUUAGUCAAUACGAUCCUAGAAGACGAAAUUCAGGCAGAUUGCUUGUCAGUGAAAUAAACAAUGAAUCAGGAUAUUUCCGUCAAUAUGGAUUUGGAAUUUGUUCAAUAUACAAAUCUGACAUAUUGGAUCCUGAUAUAAAUGGAUUUGAUAGAGACAUAACCGGUUGGGGUCUGGAGGAUGUGAAAUUUUUGGAGAAAAUUGUUAAAGUUGGUAAUCGUCAAGGUUCAUUUUUGGUUAACACUGCUGAUGUACCAAGUGGUUAUAAUGAAGCAGCGGAAAAACAUCGCCGUUUAAGUAUUUUCCGUGCUCCAGAUCCAUCAUUGGUUCAUGUGCAUCAUGAUAUUGUUUGUGAUGUCAAUUUGGAAGCCCAACAAUAUAAUAUGUGUUUGGGUACAAAAGCCAACACUCUUGGUAGCACAAAGCUAAUGGAGGAAAUAUUUUUAAGUAAUAAAGCGAAUAUAGAUUUUAUGAUUGAAUAUAAUAAGAAAAAAGUGGAAAGAUAAAUUUAAAUAGGUUAAGAUGUUUUUGGUUGAUUUUUAGAGGCGAGGCGGGAUAAAACUAAAAGAUGCCAACCUAAAAAUAAUAAAUAUAGGUAAUUCUGUAAGAAUUCCAAAAUGGCUAAUGUCAUUAAUUAUUUUUUGUACCAAGUAAGAAGUAGGGAUAAAUAAUGAAAAUAUUUGAAAAAUAUAUUUUUUGUAUGUAAUGUGCCAGUAAAAUUAAGUACACAUACCUAGUUUUCUUUUUAGCUAGUAGAAAAUUAUCAUUAUUUUUUGGGACACCCUGUGUAACUAGUAUUAUUUAGUGUAAGAAAAAGCUCUUUCAGGGUUACAGAUUUUAAAUUUAUUUUAAAUCCUCGCAUGAAUAUGUAAACUAAGAGAUCAAUUGUUGUAAAAGUUUUUUGCGGCAGCUAAAUUGUUGAUUUUUAAAUAUGAAUCUUUGAAAGUUAUAUUUUUUUAGGUACGAGCAAUAUUAAUAAAAUUUUUUUUAAAUUAAA